AUGAAGUUCUCCACGACGCAAGCCCWCCUGGGCGCGUUGCCCCUGGCAGCCGCCUUCCCAGCGCAGGAGCUCCAGAACAACCCAAAGCUUGCUGCUCGUGCAAAUGAGCUCAUGGCGAGCAAGCGUCAGACCGGAGCCGAUGCCGCGACUGCCCUCUUCGAAGCCGUUCCUACUUUCAACAGCGAGGCGCAGUAUAUCGAUGUUAGCGAGGGAAGCGGACACGAGUUCGUUCCUCCAGGCCCAAACGAUCUUCGUGGAGUCUGCCCUGGUUUGAACGCCUUCGCCAACCACAACUUCCUCCCACACAAUGGCUAUGCGACCGUCCAGCAGUACAUCGACGUCACCGAGCAGGUCGUGGGUAUGGGAGCUGACCUUUCCGCCUUCCUGGCCAUUCUGGGAGGACUUCUUGACGGCGAUCUCGUUUCCUGGUCCAUGGGCGGAACCCCACCUCCAGGUGUCGGUGGCCCACUUGCUUCCGCUGGAACUGGUCUCAUCGGCUCUCACAACAAGUACGAGAACGAUGUCUCUCCAACCCGACCUGACUUGUACGAGUCCGGAAACAACUACAUGACGGAUGCUGCAGCCUUCCAGAAGUUGAUUGAUGUUUCCCCCGCUGGUGUCGUCACUCUGGACAGCUUGACCCAGCACCGAUCGAACCGUUUCGACAGGUCGGUUGCCAACAACCCGUACUUCUUCAACGCACCCUUCCCAGGUCUUCUCGUCCAGUCCGCGGCUUUCACCUUCAUCUACCGAUUCAUGGCAAACCACUCCGAGUCUGACCCAAUUGGUGUUUUGUCUUAUGACACCAUCAAGAGCUGGUUCGGUAUUGAGGGACGCAACGGCCACUACAAGGCGCGUCAAGGAUAUGAGCGCAUCCCGGACAACUGGUGGAGACGCUCUACCACUGCUCCCUACACCAUCCCAUACUUCCUUGCGGACACUGUUGUGGCUGCUGGACUUCACCCCAAGUUCCUCGAUGUCGGCGGUAACCUCGACGGCAAGACCAACAACUUUGCUGGAGUGAACAUCACAAGUUUGACAAAUGGCGUGUUCAACGGCGCCGACCUCCUCAAGGGCAACAACUUGGGAUGCUUCGGUUUCCAGACCGUCGCUCAGCUCAAGGGUGAUCAGAUCCAGCCUGUGGUCAAUGGUAUUCAGAACCUCUUGGGAUCUGUGAUUCCUCAGCUCGGAUGCCCUCAGCUUAACGCUAUUGAUGAGUCGCAGUUGAGAAUGUUCCCAGGUUACAAGAGGGGUAGCGCUACCGGCAUUACCAACUAG